GAUGCUCUAACCCAUCAUCGUCCAAACUUUAAUGGGCUUUCAAAUCUAAUCACCGACAAAGAAAAUAAAAAUUAUAUAGACGUGUCAGUGGGACUCGAACCCACAAUCGCUUGAUUAGAAGUCAAGCGCCUUAUCCAUUAGGCCAUGGGUGCUUGUUGUUGUAACUAGUGACCUAUAUCUAUAUUAUACAUAAUAUAAAUAAUGAAGUUCGUUAGUUCGUUAUGUCAUAUACUUAUCGUAUGUUCAGAUAAGAGAUAUCUUUUAGCUUUCAUAUACAAUGGCAAGAUCUUUCCCUUCCCGCCUAAACUUGGAUCUCGGCAAUAGGCUAAAGAGAUUGGUGUCGGAACAACUCCACGACGAAGCAUUGAGACUCUACAAGCAAAAGAUUCAUCCUUUAGGCACUGAUGGCUUCACAGCGAUUCUCCCUUCCGUCAUCAAAGCUUGCUCUUUUCAGCAAGAGCCUUUCUUAAUCAACGAACAGCUUCAUUGCCUUUGUCUCAAGUCAGGCGCUGGUCUUGACACCGUUGUCUCCAAUUCACUCGUCUCUAUGUAUGUGAAAUUCUCUAACACAUUCUCUGCUCGCAAGCUGUUCGAUGAAAUGCUUGAAAGAGAUACCGUUAGCUAUUGCUCCAUUGUGAAUUGUUAUAUCCAAGAUGGGUUGUUGUAUGAAGCGGUUAAGUUGUUAAAGGAGAUGUAUUUUGAUGGAUUUGUUCCGAAGUCCGAGCUAGUUGCGUCUUUAUUGUCUCUGUGUACUCGUGUGGGUAGGAGUAGUAAGGUUGCGAGAAUGCUUCAUGCUCUUUCUCUUGUUGAUGAGAGGAUGCAGGGAUCGGUUCUCUUAUCAACGGCGUUGGUUGAUAUGUACUUGAAGUUUGAUGAUCCUGCAACGGCCUUUUAUGUGUUUGAACGAAUGGAGGUGAAGAAUGAGGUUUCUUGGACCGCUAUGAUCUCUGGUUGCGUUGCGAAUGGUAACUACAAAAUGGGCGUUGGUUUGUUUCUAGCAAUGCAGAGAGAAAACUUGAGGCCUAAUCGUGUAACGCUGAUGUCUAUUCUACCCGCGUGUGUGGAAUUGGGUUCUGGAUUAAGGCUGGUGAAGGAGAUUCAUGGGUUUUCGUUUCGUAAUGGAUUUGAUUCUGACGAUCGGUUAACGUCUGCUCUUGUGACCAUGUACUGCAGAUGUGGUGAUGUACGUCUCGCUAGGUUACUAUUUGAAGAAUCAAAAGUUAGAGAUGUUGUGAUGUGGAGUUCGAUGAUUGGUGGCUAUGCAGAAGCUGGAGACUGCUCUGAAGCUAUGAACCUGUUAAGUCAAAUGAGAGAAGAAGGAACUGAACCCAACUUGGUUACUCUGUUGGCCGUUGUCUCAGCUUGCAAACAUUCAGCAUCACUGAGUUUUGCAUCUAGAAUCCAUUCUUACAUCCUGAAAUGUGGCUUCAUGUCAAGCAUCUUAUUGGGAAACGCCCUCAUAGAUAUGUAUGCAAAGUGUGGGAGCCUUCUUGCUGCACGUGAAGUAUUUUAUCAACUUAGUGAGAAAGAUCUUGUGUCAUGGAGCUCAAUGAUAAAUGCAUACGGUCUUCAUGGACAUGGUUCUGAAGCUUUAGAGAUCUUUCAAGAGAUGCUUAAGAGUGGAGAGAAACUAGAUGCAAUGGCUUUUCUUGCAGUUUUAUCGGCAUGUAACCAUGCUGGUCUGGUAGAAGAAGCUCAAAAGAUAUUCAGGGAAGCUGAAAAGAUUAACCGAAUGACACUCACAUUGGAGCACUAUGCUUGCUAUAUCAAUCUUCUUGGCAGGUCUGGGAAGAUCGACGAUGCUGUUGAGGCUGUUAAAAAUAUGCCCAUGAAACCAAGCGCAAGAAUAUGGAGUUCUCUGCUAUCUGCUUGCGAGAUUCAUGACAGGCGUGAUGUUUCACAUGAGAUAAUUGCAAGUGAGUUAAUGAAAUCUGAACCUGACAAUCCAGCCAAUUACGUGUUGCUGAGCAAGAUUCACGCAGAAUCUGGUAACUGCUAUGGUGCAGAAGAAGUGAGGAGAGUUAUGCUGAGACGAGGACUGAACAAAUGCUACGGAUUCAGUAAAGUUGAAUCCUGAAUUAUAGAUUGUAGAUAACUACGGAAAAUCUCGGCGUCCUAUAUGAAGAUUUUGUCUGAGCACUGUUCUCUUUCUGGAGUUCAAAAGUAGCAUCACUGAUGCACUCUCUUGAAGAAUGUUCCAACAAUUGAAGACCUUGUGAGUGUUUGAGAAGAUACAUCAUGUGGAAGCUUUUCCUGGAACCUCAUGAGCUGCUUCUGGUAUUCGCCUCCUGACAACAUCAGAAAGAAGUAUCCAAACUGCAUCAUUUUAUUAGAAAAAAAAAACACUUUUGUGAGCAGAGCUUCCUUUGCCUUGGGUUUCAUGCAAACAGUCUUCUCUCCAAGCCAACUCACAGUGUCACAAACUGCCGAUAACCAUUUGUGUGAAUAAGAU